AUAACCAUACCGAUAGUGAUUAGUAGGUAGUGGGACCGUAGAGUCGUCAACUCUCGCAACAGCCAAGUUUAGUGCCACACUCUAAGCGGCCGCGACACCGCGUCGCCUGCCUAUCGCGUCUCUAUUUACAUUCCAACACAACCCUUUGUGUCUUGACACGCAAUGGAAGCACACCUCUUUGUUUCUGUGUAGUUUGUGUUUGUGAUCACACUAAAAUGGUACACGACAGUCAAUCGGAGACCACCUCGUCGUCUUUGGUUGAGGACGUCAACAUAUCAUUCCGUGAUAUUGUUUACAAUGUGCGACACAGCCUCUUCCCAACAGGACGCAAGACAAUUCUGAAAGGCGUAAGCGGUCAGUUUAACGCGGGCGAGUUGAGUGUCAUCAUAGGUCAAUCCGGAGCCGGAAAAAGCACUUUGAUGGACAUCCUUGCUGGAUACUCGAAACCAACAGCUGGAGCACUAUCUGUUAAUGGAAUGCUGCGGAAUGAAAAGAAAUUCAGGCGUCGUUCAUGUUAUAUCCUUCAAGAUGACCAGGUUCAAGAGAUGCUCACCAUUGAGGAGUCACUCCACUUCGCUGCAGAGCUCAAGCUAGGACAUCAUAUUAACACACAACAGAAAUUAAAAAGGGUAGAAGAAAUUAUAACUUCUCUCGGUGUGAGUAGAGUAAGAGAUACUCGGGCAGCUUUCUUGUCUGGAGGACAGAAGAAGAGGCUUGCCAUCGGCUUGGAACUUGUCAGUGAUCCACCAGUGAUGUUCCUCGAUGAGCCAACGAGUGGUCUGGAUAGUUCAAUAGCGAAGCAGCUAAUGUACUUGCUCCACCUUCUGGCGAGGCAGGGCAGAACGGUUGUGAUCACAAUACACCAGCCUUCAGCAGCACUCCUGGAGAUGGUGGACCGGCUCUACGCCAUCGUAAAUGGCCAAUGUGGCUACAUGGGGCCUGUUCAGCUGCUGGUACCGUACCUGAAAGAUAUCGGCCUGGUUUGCCCACCUUACCACAAUCCAGUAGAUUACUUUAUAGAAAUUUGCGGUGAUAACGAAGUGCACCUAGUCAAUAGCUCAGAAAAUGGUAAAAAAGAGAAAUGGAUUAAUUCUAUAAGAGACGAGACUGAAGAUAAAUUAUUUUUUUUAGAUUUUAAAAUGGCCAAAGGUGAUGAAAUAUGUCUUACUACAUUGCCGCCUCCUAAAGAAGACCCUACAAAUAAAAUUUUAUUAGCUUUAAAAAGUACAUAUCCAACACCCUCGUGGAAUCAAUUUGCAAUAUUAACUCGAAGAGAGCUUUUGACUGUGUGGCGAGAUCUAUCGUUCACGCUAAUGACACUUCUGAUACACUGCGGUAUGGCAUUGUUUGUGGGCACUAUGUUCUUCAAAGUUGGUGAGGAUGCCAUGUACGUCAGGGAUAACUACAACUUUAUGUACUUUAGUCUAAUGUUUCUCAUGUUUACCUCGUUCAGUGGGGUGACAGUGCGAUUUCCUGAGCAAAUUCCCAUAGUCCGUCGGGAACAUUUCAACAGAUGGUACAAUACAGGAGCGUAUUAUGCUUCAACUUUGGUAUCAAUAUUGCCCACACAAACGGUCUGCACAUUUUCAUUCUGCGCCAUCACAUAUCUGAUGACAGGACAAGCUCAAGAUAUCCUCAGGUUUAUGAUAUUCAGCUCGACGCUGGUUCUCGUCUCCUACGUCUCCACUUGCAUUGGAAUCCUCAAUGGCUCUCUGUUUAAUGUUAAGAAUGGAGUUGUGUUUGGACCUUUUUUUAUAAUGCCCUUCACCAUUUUCUCCGGAUUCUUCCUGAGAUUCAGCGACGCGCCUGUGUUCGUCCGAUGGCUAUUUCACAUAUCAUUCCUGAAGCAUGGUUUGGUCGGUCUUGUGAUCUCCGUGUUUGGUUUAAAUCGACCGAAGCUAAUAUGCUCAGCAAUAUACUGUCACUAUUCGAAGCCAAAUCAAUUUUUAAAGGACAAUGGAAUGCACAACGAGAGAUUCUCUGUCGUUGUGAGCUCUCUAACUGGUAUCGCUGGUGUAGUUAUAUUACUGUCUUUCGUGGUAUUGAAGAUACGAUUAAAAUGUAAAUGGUGAUAGUGAAAAUUUGUAGAAUUAAUAUUAAGAAUAUGCUCCAAUUCCAAUGAAUCACAAUAGACAAUAAUUUAGCUUUAAGGUCAGUAAUAGAUUAAUAAUUAUUAAAAGAAUGAGAUCUUAUAAUUUGCAGUUUGAAUAAUGUAGUUGGUAUCAUUUGUGGCUUAGCAACAAAAAAGGCACAGGUAGUAAAUAAUUAGAAAUACUUAUCGACAAAUCAUUUUGCGAUUUUGAAGAAGAUGGGAUUAAGGAUAAACCUAAUUAAUAAUUUCAUGGAACCAAAAUAGCAAAUCUUUUUCUUAUUAAUAAAAUAGGUAAAAUAAUAAUACCAAACCAUAGAAAAUACAUUAUAAGGUAAACACUUCCGGUGUUAUAACAAAAAAAUAUUGAAACAUGGCUUAGACACGUGUUUUAUUAGACAGCUACCUAACUAUAAAAGCGUUAGUGACCUAAAAAUAACGACGUCAAAAAUGGAGUUUAUCUUUUUCUAUAACGAAACAGUGUUUAGCUUGUACUUAACUAAAAUGUCGUUAAGCAGAACAUAAACUGAAGUAUACAGGAACAAAUAAAGGAACGGCAAGCAAUUUUUGACAGUUGUCAUCAAUCUGUCAUCAUAAAAUCCUAAGUCUUUCCAUAUGAAUAUGAUUUGUCACUCAGACACAGCUUGGACAGGCUUCGAGCUUGCUUUUUGCUUGUUUGUUUAAAUAUAAGCAAUGCCUUAAGUUUGUUGAACGUUAAACAACACAGAAAGACACAGAUUUGUAAUACAAUUUUUUUAAAACAAGUGUUCAACACAUGUUUAUAUUUUUUGUAAUAAAACAGUAUAAGUUAAAUUAAUUGUCUGUUACUCAAUAAUUCUGCAAUACAUCUGAAAUGGUUUUAUAAAUAUUUUAAUAGCAUCUCAAACAACUGUUUUUUUUAAGUUUUAUACAGAGAUGAGCGAAGUUUCGUGUACGAGUAUCUCGGUAUGACUUCAACGGAUUUUGUGUCUUCACAAUAUGUUUUUUGUAAUUAUGUAUAAUAGUUAUCUGUAUUCAUUCCUGACUACUGAGUGUGUAGUAUAUCAUCCAACAUAGAUAGAUAAUUGAGUAAUUUGAAAAAAAUAUUGUAUAUAUUGUGUACAUGUCUAUGAUAGACAUUAUGUUUAAUGUAGGGAUGCGCUGUACAAAGGUUUUUGUUAUAUGUUUUUUAUAAAGAGAUUAUCCGUAAAUAGUGUAAGAAUAUUAAAGAUUAAAUCAUUUUGUUUUUCUUUUGUAAUUUA